AAUAUGAAUUCGGUGUUCAAAACGGUUCUCGAUUUGACCUACCCCAUCACGUCCAUGUUCUCCGGAGCCUCGUUUAACAACGGAAUCAGCGCCAUCUUCAGAGAUAAGCAGAUCGAGCGGAUGUCGCGCGAUCCAUGGGAGCCAAGAUCGUCCUUGCCAUAGACGUGGGCAGCCGAGACGAGACGGACCUCACCAAUUAUGGAGACGCCCUUUCCGGAUGGUGGCUGCUGUGGAAACGGUGGAACCCCUUAGUGGAGAAAGUGAAG